AUGGCAAGAAACAAGUACGCGAUCGACGACGACGUUUCGGACAGCGAGUCACUCGCCCCUACCAUCAAACGCGAGGUCUUUAGCGACGAUGAAGAAGACUACAUACCCUUGCGAAAGAAACGUCCCCGUCACAAGUACCGAUCGCCUUCACCACCACCACUUCCACCAUCAGAAGAACGCUUAAUGGCACUCGCAGUCGCUCGCCGCAGCGCCCGUACGAUGGAUAAGAAUGCGUAUGACUUCAGUCGUAGCCAGCAUCGCCGCUGCGUAGAAUACUCUGCACCCGCCAGAACCACAAGCAAAGCUAGGAAGCCCAGCGCCAAGGCCCGUGAAGCAAGCAAUGCGCAACGACGCUGGAAGCGCAAGUUACGACAGCCGACGAAGAAUCUGAUGAUGAAACUUCCAGCAGAAAUUCGGAACGAGAUCUACAGGUACGUGCUCAUUGAGCAGACGACGAGCACGAAAGUAAGACCCUCUUGGCGGUUCGCACCUCCGCAUAAAGUCGUCGUUGUCGACUUUGGAAUGAAGUGGAAAGAGCCCAGCUUGCUUCAAGUCUCCAAGCAAAUCCGGCAAGAGGCAUCAGCCAUGUACUACGCAACUCAUGACUUCUUGUUGGUCAUCGAAGUGCCCCAGUUGGAGCGUUUCAGAACCUGGCUUCAAUCAAUCGCAGAGCGAUGCUUUGCGAGCAACACCGCCAUCACUCUUGGAAGCAGUGUCAUCAAGAUCAUAAACUGCAGAAUCGAAGAAGUCGCAUCCUUGCUACCAUUGGCGUUCAUCUCUCACGAGUUCAAAGCCCUCACACGGAACGGGGUCGAAUGCAACACUGGCUGGUACAUGUACUCAGCCGUAAAUGAUGUUGUGUUAUUGGGUCAUGGCCGGGAGCCGGAUGAAAGAUACCUGGAGCGUCUCGAGUUCGACUUUGAAGAAUGGCUGAAGGCACUGCUUGUCAGCAAGAGAUGGAAGCGCAGAGUUCGUGGUGAACGCAGAUACCGCCAUCGCGGGGCCGGAAAAUAUUGGGUCCAGCUUCGCGGCUACGACCUGCCAUCGGAGAUGCAUGGCUACGACCGGUAUCUACACGCAAUCCAGCAACAGCCUGGCGAUCACUUCGGAACUGGAGAAGACUUCAACCCAGAGACAGACGACGUGUACAAGAACAGAUACAUGAGCUUGGCACGUCAUCAACAGACCGAUUGCAAGACUCGUUCAAUGACCCAAGCACCAUGA